AUGGCUCCUCCUGGGACGUCGCUGUGGUGGCAGGUGUUCCGCGUGCUGUCUCCGCACACGGACCGCGCCAUGCGCCAGCUCAAGCACAACUACCUGGAGGCGUCGCUGGGCAUCCAGUUCCGGCAGGCCAGGCCCCUGCUGUGCGCCAGCGCGGUCAACCAGCUGCUGGGGAUGGUGGUGAGCUACAUGUACGUCGCAGAGCCCAGGUUCCUCAACAGCACGCGCAGGAAGGUGGAGGAAAUGAUCGAGGACAUCCAGAAGGCGUUUGAGACGCUGGUGACGCUCUCUGACUGGCUGGACCAGACCACCAAAGAGGCCACCAUCACGAAGGUCCGCGCCAUGAGCCGGCUGGUCGCCUUCCCCGACUGGCUGGCCAACAGGACCACCUUUGAGGAAUACUACCAGGAGCUGGAGAUCCAGGUGGGGGAACAUCUGGAGAAUAUGCUGGGAAUCCUGCGGUUGCAAGUCUACUCCAUGCUGUCGACUUUACGAACCACAAACAAUAACGUCAGGGCACUGAAUUACGGGGCCAUAGGGAGCAUCCUGGCUCACGAAGUCACUCACGGCUUUGAUGAUACAGGUCGUCAGUACGACCCGAGAGGUGAACUGGUGCCGUGGUGGACCAACAGAACAGUGGAGGCAUACAGUAACCGCACACAGUGCUACAUCAACCAGUACAGCGCCUAUGAGGUUCCGGAAGUCAACAAAAAGGUUGAUGGAGAGCAGACGCUGGACGAGAACAUCGCAGACAAUGGGGGCCUGCUGGAGGCGUUCGUAGCCUACCAGCUGUACCUCAUACGCAACCGUAAUGAGGAUGGCGUGCUGCCUGGAUUCCAGAACUUCACUCAUAACCAAAUGUUCUUCAUCGGAUAUGGAAACAUGUGGUGUACAGCGAGCACGCCCCGAGGCCUCCAGUGGGCCCUGGAGGACGAGCACGCGCCCAACCACGUCAGGGUGCAGGGCACGCUCUCCAACCUUCCCAACUUCGCCGAAGCCUUCAGCUGUCCAAAUGGGUCGCGCAUGAACCCUAACAACCGCUGCAAGCUCUGGUAG